ACAAACAGGAUGCCAGGCUCAAAAGAUUGAAGGGGGAAUCUCUCCAGUCUGCAAACUUAAAAGCUAUCCGUCCCCAAUUCCUCUUUAGCCUAUUUUUUGGACUUUCUCGCUUCUUCCCCACCGUUUCUUUCGACCGUUUGGUGCUCAGAAGUUAUUUCCAGUUACAGAUCCGCUCUUUUUCUCCGCCCCGAGCGCUUACUUUCAAUAUCAGGUCUCCAAACGGAAGGGAACAGGAAGCAUUGCGCAGGGGUACUUUGCAAUCUCCGAGCAACGCGAAACUUUACAUUGGCCUUUACAAAAUGUCAAUCUCCUUCGGAUACUUCGCGUGCCUGUUGCUGUAUCUGCCGUCUGCACAGGCAGCUUUGACCAUUACAAUCCCUGAAGACACAGUUCAAGCCAAACCAGGCUCUGAUGUCCUUCUGCCUUGUUAUGUUGAGGAGUCUUCUGGGCAUCUAAACCUCGAACGGCUGACAGUGAUAUGGCGUGUGGACUCUGAAACUAUUGCUAAGUAUGAAGAUACGUUAGAAGCCAAUCGCCAGGGGGCGAAGAUGACUCGUGAAGAACUGCAAAAGGGCAAUGCCAGCCUUCUGCUUCCAAAUGUACAGGACACAGAUAGCAAGACUUAUACUUGCUUUGUUAUCCACAGGCCUGACAGUGAAAAGAGGGAAGUGAAUUUGAAAGUGGAAGCUCCCCCACUCAUAGAACUUGGCUCCACAAAAGUGCAGUUGACUAAGCCAAGUCAACUUGUUUGUACGGCAAAAGAUUUUUAUCCUGGCAAUAUCUCUGUGACGUGGUUCCGAAAUGAGAAGAUCGUGCAAGGCCCAGAAUGGCCUCCUGCUUGGACCAAUGGUGGCCUCUUGUUCAGAGCAAAGAGUGUCCUGGAGCUCAUACCACAAAUUACAGAUGCCGAUGCCAACUUUACCUGCCAUAUCCAGCACCAAGCAAUGGAAGGGCCACUUGCCCUAAAUUUUCAGUUGCAGCUGCAAGCUCGCCCAGACCUUCGGCUGCUCACUAAGCCAUCGGGGAAGGAAUUUGUAGCAGCCGUGUGCCAUGCGAGCAAAUUUUAUCCCUCCCAAAUCAGUAUUGAGUGGUUGCAGAAUGGAGUGCCGCAAACCCAAGUAAAGACGGAGGCGCAGCGUAUGCACAAUGGGAUGUUUUCCGUUACCAGCGUCCUCUUCCCAGAGAAGAGUGAUGUCGAAGUCACUUACACUUGUCGAGUAGAACAUGGAGCUUUAAAUGGCUCACAGCAGCAGUCUGUCCUUUGGCAGCCAGAAGGUGAGGGGGAUGGGAUUAUCCAUCCCACUCCCCCAAGUACUCGGAGUACCACAAAUAAAAUUUCUCCCUCACCCUCUUGGCCCACAGUUACCUCUACAACUUCGUCAGCAAUUCCUUGGCUGUUGGGAUUGGCUAUUGGAUUUGGGUCUGGAUUUUCAGUAGGAGCUGCAAUAAUGUGCUAUAAAUAUAAAGUCAAGCGUACUUCAGUUACAGGAAUGUCCAGUGAGAAAAUCCCCCUUCGAAAGCCAGAUGAAGAGAAGGUCCACGCCAUCUCAAAACCCAAGGCAGGAGAGACCGGUGAUGAACCAGUGAAUCAGGAAAAGUUUCAUUAUGUGCAGGAACAGCAACUUUGACUGGAUGAUUACCACACACAUUCCACUGAAAAAUGUCAUUCGUUUAAGAAUAAGCUACAGGUUUCUCUUUGGUGAUCUGUACAAUGCAGUGUUUCCUUCCAUGGCUUAAGGAAGGCACAGAUAUGUGAAGCCAAGGCACCUGCAGAAGGCAAGAAGUGGGCAUUACCCUUUGAAAUAAGCCAUAAGUCCCAGAUUUCCACUUUUCAUUUUUAAAAAUCAAGCAGUUCUACAAAUUGAGCUAAAUUUGUAGAACAGCUAAACACAAACAUAGCUAUUUAUUAGAAAGGGGGGGGGGAAACCCUGCCUAAUUCUGUUUUUUACAGUUUUUAACUAGGUGUAUGCAAAACAUUUAGAACUGGAAACACUUCAAAUUUGAACUACCCUAUUUCUAGAUUUGUUUCAUAAAUCUUUGUUCAUUUUGGAUGCUUUUCAAACUCGAAACAGUUGUUCGAUAUUCAAAGUGGGCCAUUUGAAUUCUAAACAUUUUACACACCCCUGUUUUUCAACCAGAGUGACUAUGAUUGACAGGCACGUAGGUUGAAGCACAAACUUGCUGGACUAUUUUUCAUUAAAAAAUAUUCCCGAAUGGGAAGAGGUUGCUGCCCAAUUUUAAAAAAUUCAGCAAUGUAGAAGAGAUUUUAGUGUUGCUGUAAUUGCCAGCUGAGCUUGAACUGAAAAGAAUUCAUAUUCUUUUAAAUUACAGUCACAUUUAAAAAAAAGAAGAGUGAAUGGGUGGAAAGGUAGGGAAGAGCAAGAAAGUUGUCUUUGGGUAGAGUUCAUGAAAUUCUAAAACAAAAAAAAAAAUUAAAGAACAAAAGGUAAUGUAUGAAGCAAUGGAUGUGGAAGUAAGGAUGGUUUCAAGGUUAGGAAGGUAUGGAGAGCUAUAAUGAGUAUUACUGAUGUAGAUUUAGCUACAUUCCUGUUUUUUUAAUCCUCAUGCCAUGUUUACUAUUUCUUUACUUUGCAUAAAGUUGCUUAACCCAAAAGACAAUAAUAGCAAGGAUGUAUUCUGUACAUAUAUAAUAAAUAAGGCAUUUUUUAAAGUUUUUUUUUUAAUAAUUAGACCAAUGCAUUAAACCUAUGUUCAUUAUUAGAGCUGUACUGCAGAAAGGUAGGAGCAGCGAAGUGCCAAAAUGUGGGAAGUGCCACUGUAAAUGACCUUUCUGAAUUCCUAUCCAACAUGCCUCAAAUACUGGUGAGACAAGACAAGGUACCUCUCUUGAACAUUUUAUAACCUGGUAGAUUUAUAUGGGAAAAUACACUAUUUCAAAUAGCCUGAUCUCAAAUCAGAUAAAGCGUUUAGAACUUGAACAGUUUUGACUGAUAGUUUUAGCCAGAGGGAAAAAUGUCUAUAGGUCCCAAGUAAUUGAGAAUCAAGGGGCAGACAUAUACCUUUCUCAAGGUUAAUUCUACUUUGGUAGACCUGUUGCUUUGGCCCUCAGUUACUAAACCCUCCCAAAAUGUAGCACAGGGCUUGUUCAUUUUAACUGCAGGCACAGAAUCUGCAAUUCUAAGAACAAGCAUACAGUUGCCAAAGUGUGUUUGUGCAGUCCAGAGUUCAAAUAAUGCAAAUGUCUAUCUGAACUGAUGCAAAAACAGCUUACCCAUGUUGUGAAAAUAAGGUAAACUCAGUCCUGGGCAAGUAUAUCUAACUUCUCUCCCCCACCCGAAGGACGUGCCAGUGCUAAUCUCUGCAGAGUGUUCACCAAAAUGCCUAUGGUGAAGGACAUAAUUCUAGAAUACAUUGAGCCUUUUCCUACCAAACUCUGUGAGGUUUUUAGAAUGAUGAAAAAGUUGCUGUCGCUUAAGGAUGUUUUGCUAUGUACCUGUCAAAAAAUGCAACAGCAGCAAAGAGAAGAUGAGGAAGAAGAAUGUAGCAUUGCAGAUAUGAAAGAUCACCUACUACGGAGCGUUCAGCUCUUUGCAAGAAAUCCUUCUCUGCAGCCAAAAGCAAUGCCAUGAAAUACAUCUUACAGACAUGCUUAGACUUUUACUACGCAUUAGUUGCCACUUCAGAACCUGUCGUGCCUCAUUAAUAAACAGUGUGUUGAUUUAAUAUUGUAUAUAGGAUCAAAAGAGCCUGUUCUGACAUUAGUUUUACAUUUCCUAAUUAUGUUGUAUAAUGAUGGUGCUCGUUUUUUAAAAACCCUGCUAUGUGACUUCAUUUUAAACUCUGUAUAUUAAAUAAACUUCUGUUUUUUGGAACAGAGCAGGAUGUGUUUAGGAUAUGCAUCAGUAAAUGAAGCUGCCAACAGUUUGAAGUCUUACUGUGAUCAUAGCUAUUAAAAGUAUGUUCAGACCAGUGGAUUUCUAAAGGUAUGAGUCUUUUCAUUUAUCAUCUUACAUCAUUUUCUGUAGUUUUCCUUUUUUGUUUUAAUCUGUAGAAAAGUUUUAUUAAAUUGGAUGAGAUCAUUGUUUCCCCACAGGAGAGCAUGGCUGAUAAAAGAUUGGGUGUUUGCACGUCUGUUUCUUAGAUCAGACAUCUUUCCUGAGCGGAUUACUGAAGCAGGUUUUGUAACUAACAGAAAGGAGAUUUAUAUUACAGGAAACAGAUUACAGGGAUAGACAACACCUAUGUCCUACUAGGAGGAGAGUCAGAGAAUGCACAUUCACUCUAUAGCAGGCACCUCUAUCAUUCACUGAAGUUACUUUCUCUUUCUGUUUAUCAUCAACGGGUUAUACAUAGCACUGAUUGGCUGGCAGCUUUGUGUAAAUCUUAAGUAACUUCUUCUGGAGCAGUUUUGUCCAAGUGGAACAAUAUUUUCAGAUGAAAAAUAAACCAUUAAGGAAUUAUUCUAUCAGAUAUGUGGACAUUUUGGUUUAGAAUUAAGAAGCUGAAUGCCUUGGACCUAUGUUUUCACAUCAGGUUGGAACCAGAAGUGAUCCGAACUAGAAGGAUGUACUAUGUGCUC